AUGCUGCAACUCCUCGAACAGAGACCUGAUCUCCGCGGUUGGGUCAAGCAACUUCACCUUGCCAUGCCACCUUCAACGUACUACUUCGAGGAUCUCGCACCCGGGCAAAUCCAGUCUCUCUGGGAGCAAGUUGAGAGCAAGUAUGGAGUCAAAAUACUCGGCAGAGAAGAAGUCAGAGACGAUUCUUCUCGUUUCACGGAUGAAAGGGGAUACGGUAUUCUUCUGGCUUUGCUGCUUUCUGUCCUUCGAGGCGUCGAAGGUCUCUCGGUAUUUUCGACGGCUGGAACUUUUGCUCAUGCUGGCAAUUAUUUGACUCAGAAUUCUACUCUUCUGACCCAAAGCAACCAACUAAAAGGGAACGACUAUACGCAGGAAAUCAGCCCAACAACAAUCCUUCCCAACCUUACGUCUCUUGCGGUUACCAAUCAACUCUACAACGACGUGGAAUUACAACCAAAUAUCACGACGUGGUCUUCCAUGGCUGUUCUCGACGUUUGUCCAAAUCUCUCAAAAGUUUGGGCGGAUGGGUUUUACGACAGUCCUCCGCUUGGCAACUUGCCCAACAAUGUAUGCCAAAACAUCACAGCUCUCAACCUCAUGAACACUUUUAUUUCCGAGGAUGCCUUUCCUGCUCUCAUGGAACGAAUUCAAUGUUUGGAGACCUUCAAGUUUCUUGUCAUGGAGCCUGAUUGUGGCUCUCUGCUGGACGACGAGGAAUACGGAGUACUGUCUCCUAGAGCAGCUGUACGAGGCCUGCAAUGCCACGCAAAGUCUCUGCGUACAUUCUAUUACCAGAACGACGUCGGGUACUUUGGCAAGGAUGAGCUAUUUGACACCUUCGAAGCAUUUGCCAGUUUGAAGAACUUGUGGAUCGAUACAAAAAGCUUUACCACCACAGGCGGCGCGUAUGGCAUGGACUUUGAUGCUGAAUACUCAGAUUCCGAGGAUGGAACCGACACGGAGCAGGAUGAUGGCCCUCAGAACCUUCCAGGUCUUCCGUGCUCUCUUCGGCGUCUAUACAUAUCUGAAGACAUAGAGCCAAUCGUCGACAGCUUGCGUUUACUCGCUUCAGAAUGCGAGCUUCGGUUCCCAAAGCUUGAGAAGGUGGUUUUCGGAGAACCUUACCUGCUUGAUGGCCCAGGGUUUGACGAAAUGGGCCUCAACGAGAUUUACAGGACGUUUCGCAAUGCCGGCGUUGAAGCCUGCCCUCAUGACAAGUACCAAUCGGAUCUUUGGUAA